AUGCCACCAAAGCCCACAACCUCGGUGCCAAUGCGCCUGCCUCCGCUCCCUAAACUGCGCGUCCGCAGACCGAAUCAAACCGAUGCGAAUCCGUGUCUGGCCUUGAUGUCUUCCGUGCUCACUUGCUGGGCAUCAUCUGGGUACACCGCAGCAGGAUGUCAGGCUCUGGAGACGUCAUUGAGGACUUGUAUGGAUACACCAAGACCAAAGAACUUGAAAAAGAAUACAAUUAAUCACCAUUUGUCGCGGAUGUAUCCUCAGAUUGUUGGACCUAGGAAGAGGAAGUGA